AUGGGGGCCGCCGCCGCGGGGGCUACGCCGGCGACUGCGAGGAAGGCCCUCUUCACCACUACAGUCACCCUCCUCUCAUCCUCACUCACACGUGGCAGCAGCAGCCGCAGCCGCAGCCUCUCCUGCUCUGCCGCGUCCGCCGCCGCCCAGCGCCUAGCGCCGCAGCCGCCAGACCUGGUCCGGUGGGUGCAGCGCGAGGGUGGAUUCGUCCACCCUGCCCUCCGCGUCGCGAAUCACCCGGAACACGGGCUCGGGGUCUCUGCCGCCGCGGCCGACGGCGACAUCCCCCCUGGGGAAGUCCUCAUCGCGCUCCCGGGCCGGCUCCCUUUACGACUACGCCGCCCCACCGGUGCCGCGGACGACGUGCUUGUGCAGCUCGCCCAACAAGUCCCGGGUAAUGUCCUUUCUGAUUCAGUUGCUUGUGCGGCAACGUAUGUAGCUGUCAAUAAAAGAUGUCGUUUUCUUCUUGAGUUUGAGAAAGAGGUACAGCAGAAGCUUGGCACUGUGCCCUUGGAAGAUCAUCCUUUUUAUGGACAAGAUGUAAAUUCAUCUUCCCUUGGAUGGGCUAUGUCAGCUGCCUCUUCUCGUGCAUUCCGAUUGCAUGGUGAAAUCCCAAUGUUGUUGCCUCUUAUUGAUAUGUGCAACCAUAGUUUCAACCCAAAUGCUAGGAUUGUCCAGGAAGGAAGUGUAAACAGCUUAGACAUGUCAGUAAAGGUUGUUGCUGAAAAGAAGAUUGAGCAAAAUGCAGCAAUAACACUGAACUAUGGCUGCCACCCAAAUGAUUUCUUUCUUCUUGAUUAUGGAUUUGUGAUAACAUCGAAUCCUUACGAUCAAGUGGAACUAAGUUAUGAUGGAACCCUUCUUGAUGCUGCAAGCAUGGCAGCAGGAGUCUCUUCUCCCAACUUUUCAGCGCCAGCCAAGUGGCAACAAGAUAUAUUGUCACAGCUAAAUCUACAUGGAGAGGGUGCCAUUUUAAAGGUAAGCUUAGGAGGCGCAGACAUAGUUGAUGGACGCUUGUUAGCUGCUCUAAGGGUACUUCUUGCGGAUGAUCCAGAGGCUGUGCACAAGCAUGACCUGAAAACACUGAUGUCACUUGAUGUGCAAGUUCCUUUAGGCCCCGCUGUUGAAGCAUCAGCACUCCGAACAGUUCUUGCCCUUUGUGCGAUUGCUCUCCAACACUUCCACACAAAGAUAAUGGACGACGAGGCCAUUCUAAGAGGGGGGCCGCCUCUUACCACGGGACUGGCCGUCCAGUUUAGAUUGCAGAAGAAGUUCAUGAUCGUUGACGUGAUGCAGAAUAUCAGCAAGAGAAUCAAGAUGUUAUCUCCGCAGAAAUCCGCUGCGUAG